CACUUCCCAAGACCAAACAAUGUCUGUUUUUCCAGUCUAUCGAUGUUGACAAGGUAAGGCCCUUAUCUUUAUAUUCUCCCAAAACAAAUCGUAGCUAAGCUUCCAGCCAAUUCAUCUUUCACGGCUCAGCAUCCUAGAAGAUAAAGAAACAAUUCUGUGAGGAGGAAUGGGAAGUACCUCAUCGAUGCUAACUCAGUAUGACAUUGAAGAAGUACAGGAGCACUGCCAUAAUCUAUUUUCCCAGCAAGAAAUUGUAUCCUUGUAUAAAAGAUUUUGUCAGCUUGAUCGGAAUGCAAAGGGUUUCAUCUCAUCUGAUGAAUUCUUAUCAGUACCCGAGUUAGCAACGAAUCCAAUAUCUCAGAGGCUGCUUAAGAUGGUGGAAGGUUUGAACUUUAAGGACUUUGUGGCUUUCUUGUCUGCGUUUAGUGCUAGAGCUACUAUGCAGCAGAAAAUUGAAUUUAUUUUCAAGGUAUAUGAUUCAGACCGCAAUGGAAAGGUGUCUUUCAAUGAUAUAUUAGAAGUGCUCCGGGAUAUGUCUGGUUCAUUUAUGUCUGACGAGCAAAGAGAGAAAGUGUUGACCCAAGUCUUGCAAGAAUCAGGAUAUUCAAGGGGAUCUUAUUUGACAUUAGAUGACUUCAGUAAGGUUCUUGGCGGUCAUGGCCUGAAAAUGGAGGUUGAGGUGCCAAUUGACUAAGUUUAGCUGGUCUUUUCUUAGAUAUAUAUUUUUAGUUUUUCUAUCUUGUUUUCCCUGCAUCCGGUGAAGAUGAAGUGGAGGCUUGAAAUGUCUGCAUCCCUGUAGAACCAAUUAGAUAAGAUACUUUGUCCACCUGUAUCUACGCUUCUCUUUGCUGUUUGCUCUUGUUAUCUCCCAAUAUAAACAAAUAAAGAGCAAGCAACCCGAGUAUAUAUAUUUCAAGUCUCCUCUCCUGUA